AUGGCGUGGAUCGGAGACGCGGUCGACGCACAGUACACGAUUGACACGGUGUCGAAGCAGCAGGCGCUGCUGCCGUCCUCCAACGCCUUCUCGAUCUUCCCGAAGGAUCAUGUCCUGCGUAUCUUCCAGCUAGAUGCGCUUGUGCUGCAGCAAGAGCUCGUGGAGAUUCUGCGCACGGCUCUCUUCCAGGUGUUCGACAUCCCGCCCCUCCAGCACUUUCGCUUCGCCUAUCAGGAGGAGCUGGUGCUUAUUUUGGAUGCCCUGCUGUACCGUCUCUCCAUGUGGCGCACGGGGCAGUCCAUCGGGGACCGCCUGCAAAACCUAGUCCUUCGCGAUGAGGAGCGAGCGCGGCUGCUGACUCUGCAGAACACGAAGUCGAUCUUGCCUAGCCUCGCCCCAUCCCGCCGACUCCUGCUGGUGCACGCGAUCAUGACCCUUGUGAUGCCGUAUGUAACCCGCAAGGUGCAACGCAAGGUACUGGAGGCUAGGUGGGAGCACGAGCCUGCUACGACGGCGCGGUACCGCAUCGCCAAGGCGUUCCGGUACGCUGUCAUAAUGUGGUCUUUGCUCUCUCUUGCUAACACUUUCAAUUUCCUGAUGACGGGGCAGUACCGCACCCUCGUCGAGCGCAUCCUGUCUCUCCGUCUCGUCUACGGCUCGCAACGGAUGGCGCGCUUCACAAACUUGCUCUAUAUGAAUCAGCACGUGCAGUGGCAGACGUGGAUGUCGCUCUUCAGCGCUCUCAGUCUGGGACGGUACUUCCGAAGACUCCUGAAAAGCCUUAGUUUUGCUGCGUCGUCGUCUGCGUCGCUUUCAAUGAACGAGAAUUUGUGCAGCGCGUGCCAUGAGCUACCGACGGUGUGUCAGCGGUCGAACUGCGGCCACCGCUACUGCUAUUACUGCAUCAAGAGUCGACUACUCGACAGUCAUUCCACCGGCUCCUUCCGCUGCACAAAGUGCGGCCAAGCCGUGCACAGCUGCGCCCCUGCGUAA